AUGUCGAAAUCAGUUAGUGGCAAACGUAAGAGCAAAGUAAAGGACUCUGUGAAUGAAGCAUUAGAAAAAACCCAAAAAGACGUGAAAAAUUUGCGGGAAGAAGUAAGCAGAGAAAUAUUUAUUGCAGAAAAUGCAGAAAAUCGCCGCUGUCAAGCAUAUUCUGAAAGACUGGAGUCAGUAAAAAACUAUGAUGAAUUGAAAGAGUCAACACUAAACCAUACUGCUUUCAUAAUCACAGAAAAUGAAAUAAAAAUAACAAAUCUUCGAAAUAAAAUAGAAAAAUUAAGCACAAAACUGGACGAGGCUAACGAAAUUAUUGAGAAAAGAAAUAAUGAACUAAAAAGUUUACGUGAAGAAUUUCAAAAUUGUACAGAAGAAAAAGAUUCAAAAAUCAGAACAUUAGAACAAAAAUUAAGAGAACAAGCCGCAUUAUUUCGCGAUGUUAUGUCACAAGCAUUCGAUCGACUGACUGAAAAACUCAAUAACGACUACGAAAGUAUUCAUAAAAACUUCAAGAUAUUUUCUCAGCCUACCAGUGAUUUAAUAGAGUUGGAAUUUUUAAAUCCGCCAUUUUUAGAUGAGGAAUCUGUUGAAUAUGUAUAA